UCAAAGUUGAAAAAUUCAAUCCCUUCAUAUAAUUUUCUCCUUUCUCCAACUUCAUUACAAAACCACAACCACAACCACAUCUCAUUUCUCAAACUCCACCAUUCUUCAUCUCCCAAAAAAGAAAAUGUACGGCAACGAUCACAUACCCGUUCACCACGCUUCCGGUCAGAACCCGAAUCCAAAACCCGUAAAACGCCACCAUUCCACCAAAUACUACAUCCAACGGGUCCAAGAUAGCCUCACAACCCGAGUCUCUAAAAUGGUCUGCACCGUCUUUUUGAGCCUCCUCGCAAUUAUUGGGCUCAUCAUUUUUAUCAUCUGGCUCAGUUUACGUCCGCACCGGCCCAGGUUUUUUAUCCACGAGUUUACCUUACCGGGCCUGGCCCAACAAUCCAGUUACGGAAAUGCCCAAGUAACAUUCAAAGUAAAUGCCCGAAACUCCAACCAAAAUAUUGGGGUUUACUAUGAGUCAAUGGACGGGUCAGUUUAUUACCGGAACCAAAAAAUCGGGUCAAUACCGUUACUUUCUUCGUUUUAUCAGGGGCCAAAGAAUACCACAGAGGUGGACGGCGUUUUCAGUGGUACAACGUUGACCAUUAGUAGUCAAGGUUGGUCAGAAAUCCAAAACGAUAGGGAUGAUGGUAGCGUAAUGUUCAGUUUGGAAUUAACGUCUGUGAUUAAAUUUAAGAUAUCCACGUGGGGUAGUAAACGCCAUAAGAUGCAUGCCAAUUGUGAUGUCGCUGUGGGACCCGAUGGCUCUCUCUUACAUAUUUACAAGGACAAGAAGUGCCCUGUUUACUUCGAUUAAGACAUUGGAUCCUAAUUUUCACUAAUUGUUUUUUAAUUGAUUGAUUAAUUAACUUUGUUCUUUGUUACAAAAAAAAUCACAUUUGCCUCUUUUUUAUUUUUACAAUCUUUACUUUCGUUCUUAUUUAAUCUUGGUUUUAUUUAUUUUUCCUUUCCAAAUAAGGCAUUGCUGUUCAUUCGUCUUAUCUAGUCAUCUUGAUGGUUUUCGCACAUUGGGAUUUACUAAGUUUGUGAGAAAUGGAAAAGAUCAUUAGAAUUUUAUUGCGUGGCA